AUGGCAAGCUCCGGUCUUCUCUUAUCCACUGCAACUUUCAUUAUUGCAGUUAGCUUGACUCGUGGUAUAGCUCGUAGGAUUUCACGGUUCAGACGAGACGUUGUUGAGUAUGUGGCUCGACUUACUCCAAGGAAGAAGAGAAAUCGGGAGGCCGAGAUCCAGGCGCUUGAUUGCCAAAAAGCAGGAGCCGCGCGAUCACAAAGAGCUUCCGAUUGUCUUUAUCGACCAAGUCAAGACAAAUCUCGCCGUAUAACCCCGCCUAUCGUUGAAGUUUAUCCUGAACUCUGCAACUACUUGACCGAGAUUGAGCUUACCUACUUCACUUCCUUACUCUCACAUCCCACUUUCUUCUCACUUGAUGAAGUAAGCUAG